CCGGCUGAGUUCCAAGUCCUUGGAGAGAGUGAAGGCUCCCCCAGUGGUCACCUGGAGCCGAGUGCAGGACUACAUUUCCCGGCGGGCCCCGCGCUCAGGGGGGGGGGGUCUCUUUCCCUUGGCCGGGCCUCUGGAGUCGCCACCACCGCCGCCGCCGGCGCUGCUUUUCAAAAUGUCCAAAGAUUCUUGUGGAAAAAGAGAGACGUCUCAAAGAAAAGAUACCACCUCAUUACCCCACUUUGAUGAAGAUAAGAAAGAUAAAAAAACCUCAACAAGUUCAACUAGCUCAUCUUGCUCUGUAAGAUCCAUUUCAUCAGAGAAGAGGAAACUGAAAUCAGAUCAUAUAGACGUUGUGAACUGUAACGCAAAAAGAAGACAUGAACUGAAAAGACUGAAUGUAGACACUGACACUCUAAGAAAGAGACCAAAAAUCAGCUCGUCAUCCCAAGAACCUGUUAAACUUCAAGAAGCAUCAUAUUCCAAUGAUAAUCGAAUUAUUUCACAAAGUCCUUCAAAUGGAACUAAAAAAGAUAUAAGUAAAUGUGUAGAUUUUAAAGAUAUUAAAUUGCCAAAUAUUAGGAGUAGCCUUGACCAUGGCAUUAAAAACCUUAGCAUUCCUAAAAUUGCCAAAGAUGUGAAACCUAAAGCUGAAGGCCAGGCAAAUGAAAAACUACGGCCUCAUUUACUUGCUCACAGGCAGAAGAUGAAAGAUCUCAAGAAAGAAAGGCACAAUAAAUAUAGAGACAGUUUUGAAAAAUGUGUUUUGGAAAAGUGCAAGAGAACCCAAUAUUCUCAGGAUUAUAAUUCCAACAAGAUAUUUAAGGAACCCCCUGAAUCUAGAAGAAGGAAGGUCAGUUUCAAAAUCCCAGUAAAAUCCCAAGAUUCCCGCCAGAAGCCUGCAGAAGAAAACAUCUUCCUUUCAGAGUCCAGCAAGUCAACGACUAAGCAGAAGAAAAAAGGGUGCCUGGAAAACUUGCAGGUUUCAUUAAAUUUGAUGAAGCAAACAAAUAAACAUUUGUUUUCAGAUUUCACUUGUAAGCAGACUGUUUGUGAGUGGAAAGGAAAAUAUCAUCUUGACCAUCAAGAAAGUAAUGAUUCAAGUUCUAGUGAACACCAGACCCAGAGUUUUGAAGCACAAUGUUCUUCAGUGUCAUAUGAAAGUAUUCCAGAUACAGAUCAAGAGAUGCAGAUAGUAGAAGAGCUUCAUGCUGCACGUGUGGGGAAAACUGUGGAUUUGCCUGUGGUCCCUCCUCCUGGAGAGUUAUCGAGCAUGGAGAUUGACUUGGUAGAAGAUGAUGUGCAUUCCUCUGCUGCAAAUACUGCUUCAGACAAACAUCUUCUAAUUGUUAUUGAUACAAAUAUUCUGAUGAAUCAUCUCAAAUUUGUUAGAAUUUUGAAGACAACAGAAAUCCCAGGCUUUGACAGGCUUGUGUUAAUAAUUCCCUGGGUAGUUGUACAAGAGCUAGAUCGUAUGAAGGCGGGAAAACUACUGAAAUAUGCCCAGCACAAAGCUAUACCUGCGGUUCGUUUCAUCAAUGACAGUCUCAAAAGUCAAGAUAGAAAACUCUGGGGUCAAUCAAUACAACUUGCAUCUCAAAAACUUUAUGGAUUCAGUGAUGAGAACAAUGAUGAUCGAGUAUUAAAAUGCUGCCUUCAAUACCAGGAAUUAUUCCCUAGUUCUCUUGUUAUUCUGUGCACGGAUGAUAGAAAUUUAAGAAACAAAGGCCUAAUAAGUGGUGUGAAGUCACUCAGUAAAGAAGAAUUGAGUGCAGAGUUCUUAAAUGUGUCUCUAAACACAGUUACAUGUCAUCAGCCUUGUGCAUCUAAGCAACAGUUGAAAGCAGAGCAAACACCUUUGGGAAAGAGUAAUGAGGAAGAAUCUGCAAAUUCUGGACUGCUCAUUCUACUUGAAGGCAUAGUAUCUGAUCUUGAAAAAUCUCUUGGAACAGCCUUAUCUUCAAUAUUAGAAACAGAAAUGAAAAUUGCUUUUGGAAACCUUUGGAUGGAGAUGCUGUAUUUGAAACCACCGUGGACUCUAAUGCAUUUAAUACAAUGCUUUAAAAAACAUUGGGUGGCUGUAUUUGGAUUAAUUAUGGAAAAGAGCUUGCUUUUAACUGUUGAGAGCUUAUAUGACAGUCUCUGUAAAGCUAACAGUGCAGUAGAUUUUACGACAGUAAAAUUCCUACUCCAGGAUUCUCAAAGCCUAUUACAUGCUUUCAGUACAAGGUCAAAUUAUGAUGGUGUUCUUCCACAGGCCUUUGCUCAAGUAAACAAACUUCUCCAAACAUUGGCAGAGGUCAAGGCAAAACGUAAUCAAAAUCCUUCAGAAAAUACAGCAGGUAUAAAGCAAGAAGAUACUUCUCCAAUGAAAUCUGACAACCAAGAAAUCACUGAUUUCUCGGGCGUUCGUCUCCCUACACCCAACAGGCAUCAAGAAAUUUGGUCUAUCUUAGAGAGUGUUUGGAUUACAAUAUAUGAGAACAGCACAGAUGUGUUUCAAAGAUUGGGCCCAAAUUCAGCUCUGACUUGCUCAAAAAUACCAUCAUUUGAAGAAGCAUUUAUAUAUCUUCAAAAAUUAAUGGCAGCUGUAAAGAAUAUUCUUGAAGGAAUUCAGAGGAUUUUGGCCCCCAACAGUAAUUAUCAAGAUAUUGAGACCCUCUAUAACGUCCUAAUCAAAUAUGAGGUAAAUAAAAGCGUCAAAUUUACUGCCCAGGAACUUUAUGAUUGUGUUUCACAUACUGAAUAUCGGGAAAAGUUAACUAUCGGAUGCCGCCAGCUGGUUGAGAUGGAGUAUGCCAUGCAGCAGUGCUAUGCAUCUGUGUACAUGGAGGCCAAGAACAGGGGGUGGAGUGAAGACAUGCUCAAUGAUAGGACCUAAUCUGGUAACUCCAAAGGAUUGCAUUUGUCCUCAAGAACAACAGAGUAGCUUCUGAGCCAAACUCCAGAGACUUGUAAGAAAUCUCAUUUGUAUAAAAAGGUGAUUGCUUAUUACUGACAGUCUCAUUGAGGUUCUCUAAAAAGCCUAAUGCAUCCGUUGUGGGAUAAACUGUGAACUCAACUCUUCUGACGUUGAUAAUACUUUGCUACCUCCACUCCUGAUACUGAGCCAGAAUGUUUAAGGAAAUGAGAGCUGCUUUUUUAGUCACCUUAGGGCAGGAGCCAUCAUGGCCCCUGUGGAAGGCACAGCAUUAGCGUCUCUCUCAACCCUGAAUAUAUGGUUACACGAUCAGGGACACUUCCAAACUCCAAAAAAGAAUUAGGACAUGACCAUGCUCACCAUACUCCACAGAUGAAAUCUGAACCCUGGACUGUUUUAUGAUUAGCGUCUUCCAUGUAGACCUGGUGAAUGUAAUGCAUAUCCCUUCCACUUCCCCAAGGGACCAAAAAUAGAAUUGUCACUUCUGCUCCAACUUGCAAUAGCAGCCUUUCUUCUGCCCCAGGCUUGUCACUUUCGGUGCAUUUCUAGUGAGGAGCAGGGAGACCCCAGUGCAGUCUCCCCUUACAUGGGAAGCAGCAUGCAUUAAUGGGAUUAGGUGGCAGUGACUGGCUUUUGCCUCUAGGUAAACCAAGUGUUUGUUUGACUCAUUUACUUAUAUUGCAAGUUGGAAGUCCUUGGUUUUUUUUGAGUAUAUUAUGCUUUUGUUAGUGCACUAGAAAUCUAAUUUGGUAUUCUGUUAUAAAUGCUUAUUUUUUAAAGUAAUAAAUUAUUUUCACUAAGAUUUAACUUUUCAUUUUACUUCCAAAUUGUAUUGCUGAAUGUGCACAAGGUGUGAUUUUAAAGAGAACCUACUUAGGAUGCUCACUAGUAGUCUGUGCAGGACCCACUCUUUGUUUGCACUCAAAGUGCUGGGGCUCACUGUGCUGUCUGCUUUGCACCAGGGGGAAGAAACCUCUGCUCUCCUCUUUCUUUUUCUUCCCCUGGAGCCAAAACAUCCCUUCCCAUGGACCAAAUGAAUUUUUUUCAUGCCUUAUCUGUCAGCUGCUUUUGGUUAUUACUGUUGGGUUUCAGCUCAUCUUUGUUCCCUCUCUUUCCGUCCUUUUAUUUAUUUUUUAAAUUUCUUUACUAAAGCAUUACAUAUGUGUCCUUAUUCCCCUCAUUAUGUUAAGCAUUUCUUUUCACGCCUAUUAACUGCUACUUUCUAUUUUGCUCUUAUGUAUGUGCAUUUUCUCUUGGUCUGUGUCUUUUACUUUGUGCAUUAAUUUGUCAAUUAGUUCAACAUUAAAUUUUAUUGAUUUGUGAAGGUGUUUUCUUCUAAUGUUAGGUUUUGGUGUUGUUAUUUUUUGUGUAUUUUUAGAAACAUCCUUUUAAACUUUUUUAGUCUUUGUUUCUUUGCAAUGUCAAGUUUUUUUUCCUUUCUCUCCUUUGUUGCCUUUUCUAAUUUUAAUUUUAUUACACUAAGUCUAGUAAUUGUCUGUCACUGUGCACACUUAUUACAGUAUUAUUGACUGUAUUCUCUUUCACCUUUUCAGUCAUUCCUCAUUUUUCUUCCCCCUGGCAACAUCAGUAUGAUCUA